AUGCAUGACCCUGAGAAAGACGGAGGCAAAGAGGAGGCCAGAGAUGCCUCGCCGGGUCUCCUUGCGCCCUCUGACGGGGCCACAGAGACAAAGACCGCCUCCCAUCCGCUCCAGGUCAUCGCAUGGAUGGUCGUCAACACUCUGGCAACGGUCUUCACCAACAAGGCCAUCUUCUCGGAGCCGAUGUGGAAGCAGUCCCAGCUGAAAUUUGCCUCCAUCCAUUUCUUGACCACCUGGUUCAUCCUAUUUCUACUCUCUCGAUCACCAAUUGGGAUCUUCGUGCCUCGCCGGGCUCCUACGCUACAUCUGAUUCCCCUGGCUACAGCAAUGUGCUUCAACGUCAUCCUUCCCAAUCUGUCCUUGGCCUACUCGACAGUCACCUUUUACCAGAUAGCACGAAUACUUCUGACUCCGACGGUCGCCAUCAUGAAUUUUGUUCUCUACGACCAAGGUCUCCCCAGGGGGGCUCUUCUCUCGCUGAUUCCCACCUGCCUUGGAGUGGGCAUGGUCACCUACUACGACUCGAUUCCCGUGGAAGACGACGCAACCAAGACGACCUCUCUAUUGGGCAUCAUAUUCGCCUUUACAGGUGUAUUCGCGUCGUCCCUGUAUACUGUCGGUAUUGCAGGCUACCAUCGAAAGCUCAACAUGAACAGCAUGCAGCUCCUCUUUCUCCAGGCGCCAAUGGCCUGCUUCUUGCUCCUCUUCUUCAUUCCGUUUGUUGACAGGCUCCCCAGCCUGCAGCAUGUGCCCCUCCGGCUGAGCAAAGGAAUGCUCAUUGUUUUGUCGACACUAUUUGCUUCCCUCGUCAACAUCUCUCAGUUCUACAUAGUGGCACAGACUGGCCCAGUGUCAAGCACAGUUGUCGGUCACAUCAAGACCUGCAUUAUCGUCGGCCUUGGCUGGGCCAUUCCGGGUCGUCCGAUGAGCGACAAGUCCGCGCUUGGAGUUUUGAUUGCGGUAGCAGGCAUUACUUCGUACUCUAGCAAGAUGUUGAAGCAUAAGAGAGAAAAGGCAAAUGAACCUGGAGUCGUGGCUACGGGUAAGAUAUGA